AUGAAAAUAUUAAUAUUUGUUUUGUUUUUAAUUUUUAUUAAAAAUAUUAUUUGUGAAAUUAGGGAAUUAAGUUUUCACGAAUUCGAGCGAAUGCUAACAACAAACAAUUAUCAUCAAAACAAAAAUUAUAUAUUAGAGAAUAAAAUCAAUUACAAAAAAUCCCAUGCAAUUAAUGACUAUUUAUAUUUAAACACUGACAACGAUUUUGUUCUUUAUCUAUAUGCUAAAUGGGAUGCUGAUUCAAACAAUCUAAUAACAGUUUUUAGAGAAGUAGCAAGAAUAAUAGAAGAAAAAAACCUCAAAAUUCCCUUUUAUACUUUUAAUGUAGACAAUGCUAAAGAAUUUUGCAACUCAAUAAACGUCACUUCCCUUCCAUUGAUAUUAUAUGUAUCAUCUGUUCAUAAAAAAAAAUAUAAUUCCUUACUUCAAAAGACCUUAAACUCAAGUAAAGACAUAAAAAUAGGCAACGCUUUCAGAUAUGGUGGAGAUAUGUAUUGCUAUGAUUAUAUAGUGGAGUGGGUGGAAGUCCAUCAUUACUUUUCAAAGGCUCUUUUAUUUAUGAAGAGGAUUUUUAUGAAAAGAGUAUAA